AUGAAAAUGGGUGUUCAAUUUCUUGCAGCACUAACUGUCUUAGCUUUAACUUCCUCAAUUGCGUCUGCUGCAGACCCAAACCCUCUACAGGAUUUCUGUGUUGCUGCUAAUGGCACCAAGAAUGUUGUGUUUGUGAAUGGGAAAGCCUGCAAAGACCCAAAACUAGCAGUGCCUGAUGAUUUUUCAACUUCCGGGAUACAACUGCCUAGGAACACCUCAAAUCGACUUGGAACAAAUGCCACCAUGUUCGGUGUCAACGCCAUUCCAGGGCUCAACACUCUUGGCAUCUCCGUUGCACGUAUUGACUUCGACGUCGGUGGCGUGAACUCCCCACACUUCCACCCUCGUGCCUCUGAAAUCCUGGUGGUGAUAGAAGGUACCCUCUAUGCUGGCUUCGUCACCUCAGACCCUGACAACCGCCUCUUCUCGAAGGUGCUCAACGAGGGAGAUGCCUUCGUGUUCCCCAUGGGUCUCAUCCACUUUCAACUAAAUUUGGGCAACACCAGUGCACUAGCCAUGUCCAGCUUUGGCAGCCAAAGUGCAGGCCGCACCACCGUGGCAAACACAAUCUUUGGGUCAAACCCAGCCAUUAAUGUGGAUGUUCUCACUAAGGCCUUCCAAUUGGAUGAGGAUGAGAUUGAGCGUCUUCAGGAACUUUCAUGGCGUAAUGAUCCAAUACCCCGUUAUUGA